UGAAAGGAGCUUAAAUCAAUCAGAUUACAAACCUGCUUAGCGUCUGCAGCAAGCCUACAGUCAGUCGAGUGAAGACGGCCAUGAGCUUCAGCAGACGCAAGCGUAAAAGAGCCUUCUUCUCCUGAGGUAGGUCACCUGUAAGUGACCCCUGUUAGGGUGAAGAGCAGCAGUCAUGGGAACCAACAGCCAAUUGCGGCUGCUCCUCUGGAAAAACUGGACUAUCCGAAAGAGGCAGAAGCCACGGCUCUUUAUGGAGAUUAUGUGGCCUGUGGUGCUAUUCAUUGGACUGGUUUGGCUAAGAAGAGCGAACCCUCUUUACCGCCAACAUGAAUGUCAUUUUCCAAACAAAGCCAUGCCCUCCACUGGCAUCCUUCCAUGGAUCCAAGGGAUCUUCUGCAACGCCAAUAACCCCUGUUUCCAGCACUCAACCCGUGGGGAGUCUCUAGGCCUGGUGUCCAACUACAACAACUCAAUACUGGCUCGGUUUUGGAUGGACGCGCAGGAGCUGCUGUUUGAAGAUACAGAGUUCCUCCAGCUGGGACGGCUAUGGCGAGAACUCAUGGCCAUGAGCAACUUCAUGGACACUCUCCGAACCAAUCCAGAACUGAUCGCAGGUCGAGGCGUGAAAGUGGAGGACAUUUUGAAGGAUGACGAAACUCUCACUUCAUACCUGCUCAGAGAUGUUCCUCUAACAGAAUCUGUGGUGCAUCAGCUGGUUCAUUCACAGAUCCGACCUGAACAGUUUGCAUACGGAGUUCCUGAUCUCCAUCUGAAGGACAUCGCCUGCAGUCAGACUCUUCUUGAGCGUUUCCUUAUUUUCCCGAGCCGUUGGGGCCUGUAUACUGUGCGCAAUGCCAUGUGCGUUCUCACGCCACAGCGUCUUCAGAUCAUUGAGGACAAAUUCUAUGCUAACCUCGACUUCUUCAAACUUUUCCGCUUGCUUCCUCUAGUUCUCGAUAACUACUCCAAUGGACUCGACCUGCACUUCUGGGCCCGACUUCUGCCUGCCGUGUCUGAGAAGCUGAGAGCGCUGUUUGACAGAACUAGCUCUAAAGACCUCCUGCAAGUGGUCUCUCUAUUGCUUCAGUCCCAUGAGACCCCAUCUUUCAGCCAACUCAUGGCCGCCACCUCCAGCUUGUUCUGUGGCUACACUGAAGGGGCCUUCUCCAGGGUCACCUCCUUCAACUGGUAUGAAGAUAACAACUACAAAGCAUUUUUGGGCAUCAACAGCACGAGGGGAGAGGGGAAGUACAACUACGAUCACACGGCCACUCCGUUCUGUAACGACCUCAUGAAGGAUAUGGAGUCCAAUCCGGUCACAAGGAUUUUGUGGAGUUCAGUCAAGCCUUUCCUGAUGGGCAAAAUUCUUUAUGCUCCUGAUUCCCCGGCUGUCAGGCAGAUCAUUAAAAAUGCAAACACUACCUUUGAGGAGUUAGAAAGACUUCUGAACAUGGGUCGGGCCUGGGAGGAGGUGGGCCCACAGGUGUGGAGCUUCUUUCAGGACGGAAUACAGAUGAACAUGCUUCGGGACUCCAUUAGAAACCCCACAGUGAUGGAUUAUAUCAAUAAAGGGCUCCAGGAUACUCCGUUUACUGGCCAACACAUCCUCAACUUCCUGUACAACGGUCCCGAGGAGGAUCGAGCCCAGGACAUGCCUAACUUUGACUGGCGGAACAUCUUUAACCUGACUGACCAAGUUAUUCGCCUCAUAAACAGAUACGGAGAGUGUCUUGUCCUGGACAAGUUCUCCAGCAUUUCGGAUGAGGACCAGCUGACCCAUCGAGCACUGGACCUUCUAGGGGAGAGCAAGUUCUGGGCAGGGCUGGUGUUUGUUGACAUGUACUCCUGGACCACCAAGAUGCCCCCUCAUGUCAAAUUCAAAAUCCGUAUGGACAUUGAUGUCGUAGAGCGCACCAACAAGAUCAAAGACAGAUACUGGGAUCCAGGGCCGAGGGCUGAUCCAAUGGAUGAUCUGCGUUAUAUAUGGGGAGGAUUUGCAUACUUGCAGGAUAUGAUAGAACAUGGAAUAAUAAAGAGCCACACAGGGAAGGAAUGGCCAUUAGGAGUCUACCUGCAACAGAUGCCCUAUCCCUGCUAUGUGGAUGACCUCUUCAUGCUGACUCUGAACCGCUGCUUUCCGAUCUUCAUGGUGUUGGCCUGGGUCUACUCUGUCUCUAUGACGGUGAAGAGCAUCGUGCUGGAGAAGGAGAUGAGGUUGAAAGAGACUCUGAAGGCCAUGGGCGUCACUAACCGUGUGCUCUGGUGCACAUGGUUCAUCGACACAUUCUUCAUGAUGGCGUCCAGCACAGCCCUGCUUACUCUUAUUAUCAUGGGAGGAAAAGUGCUGAACUAUAGCAAUCCCAUCAUUCUCUUCCUAUUCCUGCUCACUUUCACCACGGCAACCAUCAUGCAGUGCUUCCUCAUGAGCGUGUUUUUCAACAAGGCGAACUUGGCGGCAGCCUGCAGUGGAAUCAUUUACUUUACUCUGUAUCUGCCUCAUAUCGUUUGCUUCGCCUGGCAGGACCGCAUUACCAAGGAUAUGAAAAUCAUGGCGAGUCUGAUGUCCCAGGUGGCGUUCGGCUUUGGGACGGAGUACCUGUCCCGUUACGAGGAGCAGGGUCUCGGCCUGCAGUGGGAUAACAUCCAGACCAGCCUUCUGGAGGGGGACGAGUUCUCCUUUCUCACCUCGAUUAUCAUGAUGGCAUUAGAUACGGUCCUUUAUGCCAUUCUCGCAUGGUACCUUGAUAAUGUCUUCCCAGGGCAGUAUGGUAUUGGUCGGCCUUGUUACUUUCCAAUCCAGCCUUCUUAUUGGUUGAACCGACCUGAGCCUCUAAAACAAGUUCCUGGAAAAUCAGCAGUAGAGAAACCUGCGUUUGAUAAUCUGGGGAACAACACUAAUGACAAGGCCGAGAAACACACAGCACCCGAAAAACCUCCAGAGCAGACAUACAAACAUGGAGAUAUACAGGAUAAACUAUUGAAAGAACCAAAGAGUCCUGAUGAAGAGGAGGCGAUCAAACACAGCAUGAGCACAGACUCAUCAGGGAGGCACUUUUUCGAGCCCGAGCCAUCCGGCUUGGUGGUUGGAGUGUGUGUGGAGAACCUGUAUAAGGUGUUCACCGGCGGCUCUAGACCUGCGGUGGACGGCCUGAGUAUCACCUUCUACGAGGGUCAGAUCACUGCUUUCCUCGGACACAACGGUGCAGGAAAAACCACUACCAUGUCUAUUCUCACCGGCAUGUUCCCUCCCACCUCUGGCACGGCCUAUAUUUAUGGGAAAGACAUCCGAACAGACAUGGAUGCCAUCCGUAAAUCUCUGGGAAUGUGCCCCCAGCAUAACAUCAUCUUUCACCAUAUGACGGUAGCAGAGCACAUCUUGUUUUACUCUCUACUGAAGGGUAAGCCCUUGCCCGAAGCCCAGCUAGAGGUGGAAAACAUGCUGGAAGAUCUCGGUCUCCCUCACAAGAGGAAUGAGGAGGCACAAAACCUGUCAGGUGGUAUGCAGAGGAAGCUUUCUGUUGCCAUGGCUUUUGUCGGUGGUGCUAAAGUGGUGUUUCUGGAUGAACCUACAUCAGGGGUGGACCCCUAUUCUAGGCGCUCUAUCUGGGACCUUCUGCUGAAAUACCGUGCUGGUCGUACAGUGAUCUUGUCCACACACCACAUGGAUGAAGCUGACUUGCUGAGUGACCGUGUGGCCAUCAUCUCUCAGGGUCGUCUGCACUGCUGUGGCUCUCCUCUCUUCCUGAAGAACUGCCUGGGCGCUGGCUUCUACCUCACUCUGGUGCGGCGCAUUAAAGAGCUGCCGUCCCAGGUCAGUCAAGAGGGUCAGUGUGACUGUACUGGGGACUGCUCCUGUAAGUGCUCACUCUGUACCAAAUUGAAGGAGAGCACCGUAGAGCAGCCCAGAGUGCCAGAAAGACAGAUGGAAGGGGACAUAGAGAGAAUAACGGCCCUCGUCCACCAUCACGUCCCAGAGGCCAAAUUGAUAGAGGUCAUAGGGCAGGAGCUGACCUUCCUGCUGCCCAGCCGGGGCUUCAAACAUCGUUCUUACGCCAGCCUGUUCAGAGAGCUGGAGGAGACGCUGGCAGACAUGGGGCUCAGCAGCUUUGGAGUAUCAGACACUUCACUGGAGGAGAUAUUUCUGAAAGUCACAACUGAUGGAGAGGCUGCACACAUCAACACUGAAUCUGAGAUAGUCAGGUCGGCGUUUGCUAACUCUGGAGGUUCGACCACCAAAGAGUGCAGAGGAUCCCCACAGGUGAAGGGAAUCUUUCUGGUCCUAAAGCAGUUUUUCGCUCUUCUCAUAAAGAGGUUUCAUCACUCCACACGCUCUGGAAAAGACUUCCUUGCCCAGAUUGUUUUGCCCGCCAGUUUUGUCCUGGUUUCUCUCAUGUUCACGCUGAUUGUUCCUCCAUUCGGAGAAUAUCCCAGUCUUACUCUAAGCCCAUGGAUGUACGGCCGACAGUUCACCUUCUUCAGUAAUGAAGAGAUGCAAAGCCCAGAUAUGAGGUAUUUUGGUGAGGUUCUUCUAAACAGACCUGGAUUUGGGACUCGCUGUAUGGUGGAUGAACCUCUAAAAGACUAUCCAUGUAAUAACAUAACCACAGAGUGGGAGAUGCCCCUGGUGAACCCGACGCUCAUUGAGAUGCUGGAUAACCCGGAGUGGACAGACAUCAGUCCGUCUCCCAGCUGCCAGUGCAGCACGCCCAAAAUACUCACCAUGUUACCUGUGUGUCCAGAAGGUGCAGGGGGUCUUCCUCCUCCACAGAGGAUUCAAUCCACUGGUGACAUGUUGUUGGAUCUGACUGGAAGGAACAUCUCUGAUUAUUUGGUGAAGACCUACCCAAACUUAAUACGGACAAGCCUGAAGAGCAAGUACUGGGUGAAUGAACAAAGGUAUGGUGGCAUUUCUGUCGGAGGGCGACUUCCUGUUCUCGACGUGGAUCCUAAAAGCAUCCAGAAUGCAGUUGGUCAGAUAGGACGUCUGCUUAAUGUCACAGGGGGCAGAUACUCAAAGCUUGCUCUGCAGGAGUUGGGCACUUUCUUGAGGUAUAUGGAGACUGAAAAUAAUGUCAAGGUGUGGUUCAAUAACAAAGGCUGGCACGCUAUGGUGGCCUUCAUGAACGUGGCGAAUAACGCCAUCCUUCGAGCCAACCUGCCUCCUGGUGUCAAUUUAAAUGAGUACGGCAUCACAGCCAUCAAUCAUCCGCUAAACCUGACCAAGGAACAGCUGUCGGAGGUCACAGUACUGACCACCUCAGUGGAUGCAGUGGUUGCCAUCUGCGUGAUCUUCGCCAUGUCCUUCGUACCGGCCAGCUUUGUGCUGUAUCUGAUCCAGGAGAGAGUGACGCAGGCUAAACACCUGCAGUUUGUGAGUGGGGUCAGUCCUAUUGUGUACUGGACUGCUAACUUCUUCUGGGACAUGAUAAACUAUGCUGUCAGCGCGGCAAUGGUUGUGGGGAUUUUUAUUGCAUUUGAUAAAAAAUGCUAUACUUCACCUGGCAACCUGCAAGCCCUGAUAGCUCUGCUGAUGCUUUAUGGUUGGUCAGUGACUCCCAUGAUGUAUCCGAUGUCAUAUGUGUUUAACGUGCCCAGCACAGCGUACGUCUCUCUGUCCUGCAUCAACCUCUUCAUUGGCAUCAACAGCAGUGCCAUCACGUUCAUCUUAGACCUGUUUGACAGUACAGAGGCUCUGUAUAAGUGUAACCAGGUGCUGAAGAAAGCUCUACUUGUCUUUCCUCACUUCUGUUUGGGCCGUGGGCUCAUUGACAUGGCAAUGAACCAAGCCGUGAUGGACGUGUAUGCACGCUUUGGUGAGGACUUCAGUCUGGAUCCCUUCAGCUGGGACUUUGUGGGAAAGAAUGUGACAUUCAUGGCUGUAGAGGGGUUUGUCUAUUUCAUCCUGAAUGUUCUGAUACAGUACAGAUUCUUCCUGGAUCACUGGAUGUCAGAUUUUAAGAAGCCACCAGUAACUGAUGAAGAUGUGGAUGUGGCCAAGGAGAGAGAGAGGAUUUAUAAAGGAGGAAGCCCUAGCGAUAUCCUCCAGAUAAAAGACCUUUCAAAGACGUACAUGGGAACGAUCAGGCCAGCAGUGGACAGGAUAUGUGUAGGAGUGUCACCCGGAGAGUGCUUUGGACUUCUGGGUGUGAACGGUGCUGGGAAAACGACCACAUUCAAAAUGCUGACAGGAGACAUAGAUGUCACUUCAGGGGAAGCUGCUGUGACUGGUUACAGCAUUCUAACCAACAUCCUGGAUGUGCACCAGAACAUGGGCUACUGCCCUCAGUUUGACGCCAUCGAUGAUCUUCUAACUGGAAGAGAACACCUGCACUUAUACGCUCGACUCAGAGGAGUCCCGGAAUCCGAGAUCAGCAGAGUGGCUGAAUGGGGAAUUCAGAAACUGGGUUUAUUUGAGUAUGCAGGCUGCAGUGCCGGCACAUACAGCGGUGGAAACAAGCGUAAACUCUCAACAGCUAUCGCAAUGAUUGGCUGUCCAGCUCUUCUGCUCCUGGAUGAGCCAACCACAGGGAUGGAUCCUCACUCUCGCAGGUUCCUCUGGAACUCCAUCAUGAGCGUGAUUCAGGGCGGCAGAGCGGUGGUCCUGACCUCACACAGUAUGGAGGAAUGUGAAGCACUCUGCACACGACUGGCCAUCAUGGUGAAUGGAACGUUCAAGUGUCUUGGUACAAUCCAGCACCUCAAAUACAAAUUUGGUGAUGGAUACGUGGUCACCAUGAAAAUCAGGGCGGCCAAAGCAGGCACAGUCCCGGAUCUGAACCCGGCUGAAGCAUUCAUGGAGAGCACAUUUCCAGGCUGCAUUCAGAGGGAGAAACACUAUAAUACUCUACAGUACGAGAUCGCGUCUUCCUCUCUUGCCAAAAUCUUCCAGCUCGUCUUAGCCAACAAGGAAAUGCUGAAUAUCGAAGAUUACUCGGUUUCCCAGACUACGCUGGACCAGGUGUUUGUGAAUUUCGCCAAGCACCAAUCCGGAGAAGAUGAUUCCAUUGUGUUGCACCCGAGGGCAGCCGGUGCCCGGCGGGACAUGAGAGUCUUUCCAGUGAAAACGAAAGCCUGAAAGCUUGAAGAGGGUCAUCUGAGCAGGUCAAUUGGAGUCAUCUUGCAGGGUCGCACAAAAGAGUCAUAAAAGAAAAGACGUUUUUUUUUCUUCUUACAAAACACUCAGACUUUUGAUCGUUUACGCCAUAACAGCUUUGCGCACCUUUUUUGAUUGGCCUUUUUUUAUAUAUAUAUAUAGAAAUGCAUUGAAAAAUACAACAAAAUACAUACAGAACUGGACUUAUGCUUAUGAAUACUGUAGCACUUUAUUAUCAAAAGUGAUGUCUAUUAUCAAUAUCACUUUUUUUUUUUACAAAGAAUUUUGUUUUAAAAACAAAUCAAAUUAUGCAAUAGAUUAUAUUGCCAAGGCUAUUGCUAAUGAAAUGCAUAUUGCAUUGUUGUGACCCAUUGCAAGUCACAGCUUUAAGAAUUUUUGCCAAGUUAGAAAUAAGUAUCAUACAAACAGUUCCUGUAAAUGAACUAAAUAAUAUAUGUUUAGUUUUUUAAUUUGUUACUAGAUAUGGUUGAUAAGGCAAGGAAUUAUAGAAAGUUGAUUUUCUUUUUUUUUGUUGUCAAAAUUCACCAAAAUAAUACUAUUAAAACGGUUUGUGGUCGCUCACUUUGAA